GUAUUUACUCCUACGAUUUGCUCCUGGAUUAAUGAAUGAAUGGUUUCAUCAUUCGGGUUUUAGAUAUUGGAACUUAUUAGUUAUCAAUUCAAUGAUAUCCAUCGCACCACGAGGAGAUUCAAGUCUAUUAUUAAGAUAA